UCUGAGGAUCCGCCGCCCGAGCCGCGGACAGUUUACGGAGCCCGUUAGCGCCCCGGUCGAGACCCCCGCCGCCGUCAUGUCCCGCUACCUGCGCCCCCCCAACACAUCUCUGUUCGUAAGGAACGUGGCCGACGACACGAGGUCCGAAGAUUUACGGCGCGAAUUUGGUCGUUAUGGUCCUAUAGUUGAUGUGUAUGUGCCACUUGAUUUCUACACUCGCCGUCCAAGAGGAUUUGCUUAUGUUCAUUUUGAGGAUGUUCGUGAUGCUGAAGAUGCUUUACAUAAUUUGGACAGAAAAUGGAUUUGCGGACACCAGAUUGAAAUACAGUUUGCACAGGGUGAUCGGAAGACUCCAAAUCAGAUGAAAGCCAAGGAAGGAAGGAAUGUGUACAGUUCUUCACGCUAUGAUGAUUAUGACAGAUACAGAUGUUCUAGAAGCCGAAGUUAUGAAAGAAGGAGAUCAAGAAGUCGGUCCUUUGAUUACAACUACAGAAGAUCUUAUAGUCCGAGAAACAGUAGACCGACUGGAAGACCACGGCGUAGCAGAAGCCAUUCCGACAAUGAUAGACCAAACUGCAGCUGGAAUACCCAGUACAGUUCUGCUUACUACACUUCAAGAAAGAUCUGAGAAAGCGGAUAAAGAACCAAAGAAGGGCAGUUCAAGCGACCAAAGGGUGGGUGGAAGGUGCUGCAGUAUGAAUACUGUACAAAUAUUUUGACUCUGGUCUGAAAAGAUAAAAGAAUGUUAUCGAAACUACAUGGAAUAAUUGAAGUCCCUUCAAGUUUGAAAGUAAGCAUUUUAGG